AUGGGCGGCGCAUGGGGUCUCUUCUUGCUCUGGCUUCUGCUGGUGCUGCCCCCGUCGCCGCCGUCUGCGGCCGCGGCGGCGCCGGUGGUGAAAGACGGCGUCUCCUGUACAAUGUGCUCCUCGUGCGACAACCCGUGCCACCCGCUCCUCUCUCCGCCGCCGCCGUCGCCACCGCCGCCUUCCUCUGCCAACUGCCCACCGCCGCCGACGAACACCUACGUCUACGCCUCCCCCCCCCCGCCGCCGGCGAACACUUACGUCUACGUCUCCCCACCGCCGCCACCGUACGGCGGCGGAAGCCCAGGUUAUAUCUAUCCCCCGCCAUACAGAAACUACCCCGCUCCGCCGCCACCCAACCCUAUAAUGCCCUAUUUUCCCUUCUAUUUCUACAGCCCCCCGCCGCCUUCCAGUUCAUACAACAGCGCAUCCUCCAUCGCUCCCGCCUCUCCACUCUUCCUCCUCGCCGUCUCUUCCCUUUUCUUCUUCUUCUUCUAA